AUGCCUAGGAGAAUACAAGAAUGUAUUAAUAGUAAUGGUGAAUCAUCUAACAUGGACAAAGAAAAUUUCCCAUCAUCAUUAUCACCACCACUUCCAAUAGUUUUUUCUGAAAACACAUCAAUCAUUAAUAACAAAAGGAAAAGAACAUUACUAUUACAAGCACAAUCUAAACAAUUGCAGGCUGAAGCAAAAAAAUUGCAAGCUAAAGCUAAGGGUCUGAAAGCCAAAUCAAAGAUAUUGGAAGCCAAAUCAAAGAUGUUGGAAGCCAAAUCAAAGAUGUUGGAAGCCAAAUCAAAGAUGUUGGAAGCCAAAUCAAAGAUGUUGGAAGCCAAAUCAAAGAUGUUGGAAGCCAAAGCAGAGGAAAUUCUAUAA